AUGGAAUUUCUGUCGCGCAAAGUAAAGUCACACGGACAAAUUGACGCACGUCAAGUGAAUGGCGCGGUGGAUACUUCAGGAAAAAUUAAAAAACGGAGCGAAACCGCGAUGAGUCCAGCGCCCCCCGCCCAGCGAGACAAAACAAGCGCUACGCAUGGCGCCGUCAAGCAGUCGUACGCGACAAGCGUAGGGAAGUGUACGUACGAGAUGGAACGCGAUCGUAUUGGAAUAUGGGGCUGCGGCGACUCCACGUCCGCCAACAAAGUCUCCGGCCUCGACCGCCUCAGGCACCCUGGACUCAACAAGGGUAUGGCGUUCACAAUUGAGGAGCGUCAGACCUUGGGCAUCCAUGGGCUGCUGCCGGCCAGGGUGAAGAGUCAGGAGGAACAGGUUCAGAUGUGCAAGCUGUCCAUCGAGCGGUAUGAGGACCCCCUCAACAAAUACAUCUACCUCAUGGGACUGUUGGACCGUAAUGAGCACCUGUUCUACCGCUUUGUUGGUGAGAAUGUGGCUGACAUGAUGCCUAUCGUGUACACACCUACCGUAGGUCUGGCCUGCCAGAAGUACGGGCUGGUGUACCGACGCCCCAGGGGACUCUUCAUCACUAUCCACGACAAGGGACACAUCUAUGAUAUUCUUAAGAACUGGCCUGAAACGGACGUCCGAGCUAUAGUAGUGACAGACGGUGAACGUAUCCUGGGUUUGGGAGACUUGGGAGCUUGUGGUAUGGGCAUCCCGGUCGGCAAGCUCUCCCUAUACACCGCCCUCGCAGGCAUCAAGCCACACCAGUGCUUACCUAUCACUUUGGAUGUGGGUACAAACAACCAGACGAUGUUGGACGAUCCUCUAUACAUCGGUCUGCGCCAGCGUCGUGUCCGAGGUCCUCAGUACGACGAGUUCAUCGACGAGUUCAUGGACGCCGUCGUCCGCCGCUACGGACAGAACUGUCUCAUACAAUUCGAGGACUUUGGCAACGCUAACGCCUUCCGUCUGCUCGAGAAGUACCGUGGCAAAUACUGCACGUUCAACGACGACAUCCAGGGCACGGCCGCGGUGGCAGUCGCGGGACUGCUGGCCAGUCUCCGCAUCACUGGGAAGAAACUCUGCGAGAACACCAUCGUCUUCCAGGGCGCUGGAGAGGCAUCACUGGGUAUCGCGAGUUUGUGCGUGAUGGCCAUGAUUGCUGAGGGUUGUUCAGAUGAGAAGGCUCGCUCCCGUAUCUGGAUGGUGGACUCCAAGGGUCUGAUCGUGAAGAACAGGCCCGAGGGAGGUCUCAACGAACAUAAGGAGAGGUUCGCCAAGGACCACGCUCCCGUCCGCACUCUAGAAGAGGUCGUCGAUGUAGCCAAGCCUUCCGUACUCAUUGGUGCCGCGGCCAUCGGUGGAGCGUUCACUCCGUCGAUCCUGCGCAAGAUGGGCGCCAUCAACGACCGGCCCGUCAUCUUCGCGCUCUCCAACCCCACCAGCAAGGCAGAGUGCACCGCUAUUGAUGCCUACUCCAACACUGAUGAGCGUGCAAUCUUCGCGUCCGGCUCUCCGUUCCCGGAGUACCGUACGAAGUCCGGCCGCAUCCUCCGACCCGGACAGGGCAACAACUCGUACAUCUUCCCCGGCCUCGCGCUCGGCAUCAUCUGCGCCGGCAUCAUCGACAUCUCCGAGGACUUCAUGCUGCUUGCUGCUGAGGCGUUGGCAGAGAUCGUCUGCCAGGCGGACUUGGACCAGGGCAGCUUGUACCCACCACUCAAGGACAUUCAGGACUGCUCCGUCAAGAUCGCCAAGAAGAUCGUCGAACACGCUUACCAAACUGGCAAGGCCUCAGUGUUCCCUCAACCAGAGAACACGGAGGAAUUCAUCCGCGCACAGAUGUACGACGUGCGAUACGCCGCGGCCGUGCCGCCCGUGUACACGUGGCCGCGCGACGACGUACUGCGCGUCGACAUGAUCUAA